AUGCCUCCGAAACGCUCUGCUUCGAACACGUCCUCUAGCAGCUCUAAGAAAGCCAAAGUGGAGAGCGACGCAAAAUCGGGCGACCUCCGCACAAUGAAGAGCACGCGCUGGUCGCGCGUCUCGGGAUCUGGCAAUGCCGACGCUGCAUACAAGUCCUCCAUCGAGGAUCCCGUGAAGGCAUAUUCCUAUGUUUGCAUCUGUCGGCUGCCGUCCGACGAUGGAGACGACGGGGAAGAUGAACGCGAUCGGGAAAAUGAAGACGACCGCGAAAUCGGAGACGACCGCGAGGAUGAAGACGAUUGGGAAGACGAAACAUCAAAAUCUUCCUGCGACGCGGGAAAGACAUGUCUGUGCAACAAGCCCGCAGCAGAGCAUCCUAAUCAUCCCUUAAUUUUGAGCAACGCGGGCAAGAGCAAGUGGUUCACUCAGCAUACUUUCCUGGACCUUCGCUGUCCAGACGCCUUCAGAAUGUAUACCUUCAACGACCAUGAGGGUUAUGGCGCGCUCGAGGUCGUGCAAAACCUAUUCAUCGACUAUGUCGAGGCCUCUUUUUAUUGGCAAGAGCAGUGGGCAGUUUGCGAGGCUACAGCGAUGCUAUACAUGAGCGACGCUUUAGCUCCGUUGAAUUUCGUCGACGAUGCCGACGCCGUCUACGCCACCCUUGUGUUGGCUGGACGCAUGUUCCUUGCGAUGCUCGCGAAGCUUGAGCACCUUAACCUCCUGACGCCAGAUUCUGAGGUCAAAAACCUCGGCUUCAUAAUGGCCUCUUACAUUAAGCUUGCUGCCACUGAAGACAUCCUUGACCUCCACGACAUCACCGACGAGGUUAAGAAAAAUAAUGGAACGGACGAGACCAUCACCUUCGUUCGGUCUGAUUUCCCCUCCCACAUCCUCGCCUAUGCCAAGAAAUACAACAUCAAGCUUGUCGGGCCCACAGGUAUUGACAAGAUUAUCGAGGACCUGGAUGACGAAGCUGAAGUGCCUGAGCGUGACGAGGAGCCUUUCGGUGACCCUUGGAACUUCGCCGACGCUAGCGAAGAGUACGCUGACAAUCACGCCUGUUGCCAUAACGGCCGGAAAGGGUUCAAGAGUCAGCUUGGCGGCGACACCCUGGACAUCACCACCUGGAGUUCAGCAGACCGCAAGAAGGCAAGCUUUGACGGUAAAGACCCCCUCGGUAAGGAAGAACGUGACGCCAUCAAGAAUGGGUUGAUCAUGUAUCUGGCUUAG